GAAUAAAGUGAAGUUGCGAGUGCAUCUUUCACUGCCUUUCUGCGGCAGGGAAGUGCUUCCACAGCGUCUCCUUCUUUAUUCCCAGUGAUUAAAAUAAAAAUCAGCUCACUUAUGAACCCAGUAAACCAGACAGGGACAGCAGGGAAACAGAAAGUAAACUGGCUGCUUCCGGCCCAGGAGCUGGGGGUCUGGACUACAGGAGGCGGCACUGACGCCCUGCCCUCUGCGAUUUCCUCCUCAGUGGUCACGCUGGAGGAUUUGAGCUCAAAGGUUGCAUCUCCGCUUUCCUAAUUCCUGCCACAAAUGGAUUUCAGUGGAUAUCUUUACAAAAUCGGGGAACAACUGGACAGUGAUGAGUUGGCCUCCCUCAAGUUCCUGAGCCUGGACCACAUCCCACAAAAGAAGCAGGAGCCCAUCAAGGAUGCCUUGACAUUAUUUGAGAUAUUACAGGAGAAGGGAAUGUUGGAGGAUGACAAUCUGUUCUUCCUGAAGGAGCUGCUUUUCCGAAUUAGUAGACUAGAUCUCCUGCAAAAUUUUCUGAGCACAAGUAAGGAAAACAUGGAAAAGGAGCUCCAGACUCUAGGCAGGGCUCAGAUUUCUGCCUACAGGGUCAUGCUUUUUCAGAUUUCAGAAGAUGUAAGCAAACUGGAAUUGAAGUCUUUUAAGUUUUUGUUAAGCAAGGAGCUACCCAGGUGUAAGCUGGAUGAUGACAUGAGUUUGCUUGAUAUUUUUAUGGAGAUGGAGAAAAGGGUCCUUCUAGGGGACAGAAACUUAGACGUCCUGAAGAAAAUCUGUGAGCAAAUCAACAAGAGCCUACUGAUCAAGAUAAAUGAUUACGAAUCAAAUAGAAAUGACAGGACAGAGAGAAGCAUGAGCCUUGAAAGAAGUCCAGAUUCAUUUUUGGAUGGGAAUAUGCCCACUAACUUGCCGCAAACACCAGGCUUUCCAGGAGAAGACAACCAGUCAGAGACAUUGGACAAGGUUUACCAAAUGAAGAACAAACCUCGAGGAUAUUGUUUGAUCUUCAACAAUUACGAUUUUAGCGAGGCACGGAAGUUACCUUCACUUCAGAAAAUGAAGGAUAGGAAUGGAACAAAAUUGGAUGAAGACACCUUGUGCCAGACCUUUAAGGAGCUUCAUUUUGAGACUGUACUUUUCCAAAAUUACACAGCAGGGGACAUCAGUGAGGUUCUGCAAUCCUACCAAAAUACAGACCACAGUGAGAAGGACUGCUUCAUCUGCUGUAUCCUGUCCCAUGGAGACAGGGGCAUUAUCUAUGGCACUGAUGGAAAGAAGGCCUCCAUCUAUGAUCUGACCUCUUAUUUCACUGGUUCCAAUUGCCCUUCACUGGUUGGAAAACCAAAAAUCUUUUUUAUUCAAGCUUGCCAAGGGCAGAGCUAUCACAAAGCUGUACCUGUUGAGACUGACUCAGAGACAGACUCAGAAUCUCAAAAGAAAUAUAUCCCUGAUGAGGCUGACUUUCUGCUGGGGAUGGCUACUGUAAAAAACUGUGUAUCCUACCGAGAUCCUGUGAAGGGGACGUGGUAUAUCCAAUCUCUUUGCCAGAACCUGAGGGAAAGAUGUCCUCAAGGUGAUGAUAUCCUUACUAUCCUGACCAAAGUGAAUUAUGAAGUAAGCGAGAAAAUUGAUUGGAAGAACAUGGGGAAACAGAUGCCUCAGCCUAUUUUCACACUAAGGAAAAAACUCUUUUUCCCUCCUAAUUAAUGUCACCUCAACACUUUAUUUAUUAAUUAAUAACUGUUACUGUACUGUUUUGUACUUUUUGGGGGGAUUAUGGGAAGGGAAAUUAGAAAAGAACCCUUUAUUUUAUUGAACUGAAUGUAAAAUCUUUGAUUUGAUUUUGCAACACCAGCAUUAUUAAACAUAUACAUAUGAUAUUA